AAAAAGGUAAAUUUUGCGUUUGUGUGUGGUUAGCGUUACGUGGACUGCUUGGCUUUCAAUUUCAUUUCCGUUGUUCAAUUGCGCACAAUCAACUAAUAACAGCGCCUCGAUAAGAGCCGGCAUAAUUGCUUUACACACACUUGUCACUCAAGCACAUACGUACAAAGUGAUAAAUUACCAAAAAUGGUCGAUGUUAUCAAAAAGGGCGCACUGCUUCUCAUGAAUCAGAAGUGCUAUGAUAACUACUUUCUCGAAUACAAUUUCCUCGAUGUUCCGUGCUUUAAGGCGCUAUUGAGCAAAGGUCUCGGCAUCGGCAUCAUCGCCGGCUCGGUGCUGGUGAAGGUGCCGCAGGUGCUGAAGAUUCUAAGCAAUAAAUCUGGUGAAGGCAUUAAUUUGAUGGGCGUUAUGCUGGAUCUGCUGGCCAUCACAUUCCACAUGUCGUACAACUUCAUGAACGGCUAUCCAUUCAGCUCCUGGGGCGACAACACUUUCCUCGCCAUCCAAACGGUAGCCAUUGCAGCGCUAGUCCUCUACUUUGGCGGACGGAAGCCACAUGCAUUCAUAUUCGUAGUGGCCUAUGCCAUACUGCUGUAUAUUCUCAAUUCCGGACUGACGCCCAUGAAGGUUCUGUUCGCUAUACAGAGUUGUAACAUACCCAUCCUGCUGGUGGGUAAACUAUCUCAGGCAGUGACCAACUAUAGGGCCGGCUCCACGGGCCAGUUGUCGGCGGCCACCGUCAUCAUGAUGUUCGCCGGCUCCGUGGCGCGCAUAUUCACAUCCAUUCAAGAGACGGGUGACACAAUGAUCAUCAUCACAUUUGUCGCCUCGACCUUUGCCAAUGGCGUUAUAUUCAGUCAGCUGUUAUACUACUGGAACAAGCCCGUGGGUGGAGCUGUUAAGCGGGACGCUCCAAAGGUCAAGAAGGUCAAGACCAAGAAGGAUGACUAAGUUGUAAGAGCGUAGCAUUAAGAAUGAACAGUUUCUCGACAUGAUUGAACAAAGAUCAAAACUAAAUUAAUUUAUUAAUUUAGCAAUUGUAAUUAGA